AUGACUACGUUCGACUUCUCGGACGUGGAGGCUUUCCUGGACGGUCACCCGGACCUCUUCGAGGAGUAUCUCGUCCGAAAGGCGAAAUGCGACCAGGUGAGCAGGUGGUUGAAGGAGCACCCGCCCGCGAAGGCGUCCGCGGCCGAGGAGAAGCGCGGCGCCGCGUGGGACCCGCUCUGGCCGACGAACCCAGACGGGCUCCGGCGCCGGUCGUCCCACAUGGAGCUGCGACGGAACUUCGCCCGCUCCAAAGCCACCACUGCUCACCGGACCUACGACGAGCACGUGAGCCUGAUCGAGCACGAGUCCCAGUCCAGCAUGAGGCGCCGCGCGCUCCUGCGUAAAGCCAGCUCCCUGCCUCCGACCACCGCGCACAUCCUCAGCGCCCUGCUCGAAUCCAGAGUCAACGUGCCCCAGUACGCGUCCAGCGCCAUCGACUACAAAUACAGGCUCAAGGAAACCAACGAGAGGGAGUUCUUCCUGGAGCUAGUGAAGGAUAUCUCCAAUGAUCUGGACCUGACGAACCUGAGCUACAAGAUCCUGAUCAACGUGUGCAUCCUGGUGGACGCAGACAGGUGUUCGCUCUUCCUUGUAGAAGGACCCGCGCAUAAGAGGACGCUGGUGUCCAAAUUCUUUGAUGUCCACUCGGGAACCACGGUCAGACCAUCCUCCAGUACUCUGGACUCCAGUGAGGUGCAGGUGCCGUGGGGAAAGGGUAUCAUUGGGUACGUGGCAGAACACGGAGAGACGGUAAACAUCCCAAACGCCUAUGAGGACCACCGCUUCAGUGACGAGAUCGACAAACUGACAGGCUACAAGACCCAGUCCAUCCUCUGCAUGGCCAUCUGCAACAGCGACGGCGAGGUCAUAGGCGUUGUGCAAGCGAUCAACAAAAACCCCAUGGGCACCCCCUUCACUGAGGACGACGAGAAGGUGCUGCAGAUGUAUCUGCCGUUUUGUGGAAUAUCGAUUUCCAACGCCAAGUUGUUCUCAGAGUCUCGCAAGGAGUAUGAACGCAGCAGGGCUCUGCUGGAGGUGGUCAACGAUCUGUUCGAGGAGCAGACCGACCUGGAGAAGAUCGUCAGGAAGAUCAUGCAGCGCGCGCUGACCCUCCUGCAGUGCGAGCGCUGCUCGGUGCUGCUCCUGGAGGACAUCAGCUCCCCCGUGGUGAAGUUCUCCAAGACGUUCGAGCUCAUGUCUCCGCUGUGCAACGUGGACCGAGACAUCAGCAUGGAGAAGCUGUCGUGUUCCGACUGGCUCAUCAAUAACAGCAUCGCGGAGCUGGUGGCGUCCACGGGCCUGCCCGUCAACAUCAGCGACGUGUGCCAGGACCCGCGCUUCGACGCCGAGGCAGACCAGGCCUCGGGGUUUCACAUUCGAUCGGUGCUGUGCGUGCCAAUCUGGAAUCGAACGCAUCAGAUUAUCGGGGUUGCACAGAUACUGAACCGACUGGACAGGAAGACUUUCAACGAUGCCGAUCAGAGACUGUUUGAGGCAUUUGUGAUUUUCUGUGGACUUGGAAUCAACAACACAAUGAUGUACAAUCAAGUUAAGAAGACGUGGGCCAAACAGUCGGUAGCACUAGAUAUGCUGUCCUAUCACGCCACCUGCUCCAAGGUGGAGGUCGACAGGCUCAAGGCGGCCAAGAUCCCCCUGAGCGGCGAGUUGGGCAUCGACGAGUUCCACUUCAAUGACUUCUCUCUGGACAACGACGCCAUGAUCACUGCGUCACUGCGGAUGUUCCUGGAGCUGGGCGUAGUGCAGAAGUUUAAAAUCGACUAUGAGGUUUUGUGCCGCUGGCUUCUGACCGUGAGGAAGAACUAUCGAACGGUGGCGUAUCACAACUGGAGACACGCUUUUAAUGUGUCGCAGUGCAUGUUCGUCAUCAUCACAACAGCUAGUUUCCGGGACGUCCUGUCCGAUGCAGAGAUCCUGGCUCUGAUGGUCGGCUGCCUGUGUCACGACCUGGACCACCGCGGAACCAACAACGCGUUCCAGGCCAAGACAGGCUCCGCUCUGGCGCUGCUUUACGGGACCUCGGCCACGCUGGAGCACCAUCACUUCAACCAUGCGGUCAUGAUCCUACAAAGUGAGGGUCACAAUAUCUUUGCAAACCUCUGCUCCAAGGAGUACGGCAACAUGAUGCAACUAUUGAAGCAGGCGAUUCUUUCCACAGACCUGACUUUGCACUUUGAGCGCAGAACCAAGUUCUUUGAGAGUGUUCUGUCUGGAGAAUUCAGCUGGAAAGAUGAAGGACACAGAGAAGUUCUCAGGUCGAUGCUGAUGACAGCAUGUGAUCUGGGCGCCGUCACUCGCCCCUGGAAGAUAUCCAAACAGGUUGCAGAGCUGGUGACGAGCGAGUUCUUUGAACAAGGAGACAGAGAGAGGUCUGAGCUUAAGCUGACCCCCGCACCCAUAUUUGAUCGCAAUCGCAAAGAUGAGCUGCCUGCCUUACAGCUGGAGUGGAUAGAUGGGAUAUGUAAACCCCUUUACCAGGCACUGCUCAAGCUCAACAGGAAGUUGCAGCCAAUGGUGGACGGCAUAGACGCCAAUCGAAAGAAGUGGCAGGAGCAGCAAACGCCGAAGUCCUCCGCCUUCAGUCAGAGCGACGAGUCCGAUCGGAGCCCCGAGGCUGUAACGUCUGCAGCGUCUGCAGCAUCUGCGGCGUCUGCGGCGUCUGCAACGUCUGCAGCAUGUGCAGCAUCUGCGGCGUCUGCAACGUCUGCAGCGUCUGCGGCGUCUGCGGCGUCUGCAGCAUCUGCGGCGUCUGCGGCGUCCGCAGAGCCGGUCGGAGGCCGCGAGCCUGGAUCCAAACGCAGACACGGUCUCAGCCAAGACUCCUGUGACAAUGAACCAGCACCGGCUGCAGGAAGGAAGUGAAACGCGCAGAGAGUUCAGUGGUGAUUUUGUUGCACAUGACUACUUUAUAUCAGGGUCAAAUAAAAGCAGCUCCCGUCUGCUCAGCUUUUCCCAAGUGUCACUGUGUUAAACUCAGGAACGGGAAACAUUUCCGUUUAUCCAACUCUAUUUAAAGGGCAGUCACCACUAAUGUAUGUGUCAGACUAACAUAUGAAAAGGACAAACCCUUAAUUACUGUGUCUUCUGUAACGUGGGAUCAAAACAGGAGCCGCUGGGGUGUCUCUCGCCAUUAUGAAUGUAGACCGGAGCAUGAUCUUGUUCCUGAAUGUUUCUUACCAAUAGGCUGUGUUACCUCAGUUGCAAAUCUUUGGCUGCAUGGUACUCUUUGAAUUGCCUGUAGGUUGAAUGAGCCCUCCGCAGUCAGUAUGUCCUGUGAUUUGCAUGUCUGUAUAAUCUGUAACCUCUUAAUUUCUUGAGAAAUGGUAAUUGAACCUUAUUUUGGGAACGUCACAGUCAAGGGGUGGUUUAUGUCGUUUGUACUGUACUUGAACUAGAAAAACACACUCCUGUGUGUGUUAUUAAAAAAAGUAAUUCUUAUCAAAUCCUUAAUGAACCUUCUUGUUGAAUGUGCCAAUCAUUCCAUAAUUAUGCAAAUUGAUCACAUAUUUAAACUGCACACAGAAAAGUUGUGUUUGUCUCAGAUGGAAUACGUUUCUGUGCCGUUGGAGGACGUCAGUAUGUUGCAGGUUGUGCCAUAGAUGACUAAUAAAACAACGCUUCAAGGUUGGCUGCAGCAGAAUAUAAGAUUUAUUGUUUGAAAUUCAGCACGUUGAGUAUGUUGAGAAUACAUGUAUCCUGUUUGGUGUUGAGCCUGGAUCUGAUCCUGAUGCCUUUGACCGCCCCAUGAGAUUUUGCUUUGCAUGACAUUGCUGUAAGGAAAAUAUAAUGCUCCUUAAAAUACACCACUGCUGCUAAGAAUAGACACAGAUUUCUAUUUUGGAUCACCACAGACUGUACUAAAAUUAUACGUUGACUAUUUUUCAUACACCAGACUCUAUAUUUAUGCAAGAAUUGGCCUUUUCUCCAGCUAUUUAUAGAAAGUCUGCUAAAAAUACAUUGUCAGAGUACAUAACGAGUGACUAAGAUCAAGGCGUUUAUUUUACUCUGAAGGUUCAGAGAAUAAAAUUAUUUGGCAUGGAAA